UCAGGGAGGGUUUGGGUUUGUUGCCUACGGGGAGGGAAAACGAGCUGCCUUUUGCAGGUUGUCUGGAAUUUCAGUAUAGGUGUGGGUUCAGAACCCUUCACGGAGCUCGUGAACUUUGCCCCUGAGGAGCCCAGUGACCACCUGCGAAGGACUGUGGAGGAUUUGUGCUGGUGCGAGGAGGGAGGGUCGCACCGUGUUUCCCCCACUCCUCUCAUGGGGUACCAAAGUGUUUGUUCGUACAUCAUGCAAGUUUCUGCCCCCGUUUCAUCCCCACACCGAAUGUUUGAGGAACCUUUUUCCACAUCGUUGAGAGGUAGACGAGAUGCCAAAGGCAGCUCUGACUGGAACCAUCUACUGAGUGAAAGAUCCGACGAGGUGGAGUUUAGUCAGGUUUUACAGCUCUUUAAAACAUUACACAGGACCAGACAACGGGUUUUUAAAAAUGAUACCAGAGCAUUAGAAGCAGCCAGAAUAAAGAUAAAUGAAGAAUUCAAAAGUAAUAAAAGUGAAACUUCUCCCAAGAAAAUAGAAGAGCUAAUAAAAAUGGGUUCCGAUGUUGAAUUGUUGCUCAGAACAUCUGUUAUACAAGCUAUUCACACAGACCACAAUACACUGAAAUUGGUCCCUAGGAGAGAGCUCCUUAUAGAAAAUGUGCCAUAUUGUGAUGCACCAACUCAGAAGCAAUGAGUUUUCUAGGAUAAAAUCAAGUCUUUUAGUUUUUAAUCCUAAAUAUAUAACUGUGGCAAUGAAAGUUUUGGAAAUGCAAGUAUUUCAGAACCAGCCUAUUGAAAGUGAAUGAAUUAAAGUACCAUUUCAUAAUUAAAUUUCACAUUAAAAGAACAUUGCUGAAAACUGCAGAACAUAGUUAAAUAUUUUUAGACAGCUUUAAAUAAGACAUGUCGUUUGCUUUGAAAAUCAAACUUUAUAAACUAAAAUAAAUGCUUAGGAGAUAUGUCCUAUUCAUUUCUCUAUGACCUUGAUGAGUAUUUUGGUUUUAACAUAACUAAGAAUGCAGUGAUUUGACAAGUUGGUGGAUUUUCCUCCCAUGUACAAUGAAACUAUUAUAUUAAAAUUGUUAGAUUAG